AUGGUGCAAGAGGAACAGGCGUCAACGGAUACAUCCAAUGCCAAACGCAAAGCUACCGGCAACAAGGUCGAUGACGCCUUUGAACGAUUGUUUGGCUAUUCUUGGGGGACAACAUUUGCAUUGGAUGAUACCAACAUGACAGGCAUGGCUCGCAACCUUGUUGAUAUCUUUGGAACUACCAAAACUGCGAGAAUACUGAAUGUUCGGGGCUCCAUCAAGCGAAGACGGAUCGAAAAACAACCAAUAGUAAAUUAUAAGGAUAUUGUACUUCCAGAAACCACCAAAUCUGUUGCUAUGGAAGACACAGUCUUUGCUGGUCAAGUCGUCAAAGCAAAAGCAUCAUCGGCAUCCUCAAAACCAAAGAAAAAAGCUGGCAAGAUUGACAAUAUACUAGACAAACUCAAAGGACCCAACAAAAUGAACACGGUCGAGAAAACAAACAAUGACUGGGAGAGUUUCAAAGAAUCCGAUAAACAAUUACAAGAAGACUUGGAAAAACGGGCUCAAGGAAAGGACGCAUUCUUGGUGAAGCAAGACUUUUUGAACCGAGUCGAUACUCGAACGUUUGAAUUGGAGAAGGAAGAACGUGAUCGAGAACGUGCCAAACGUGGUACUCCUGGAUAG